AUGGCCGACGUUCUACAAGAGGCCAAAGCCUUCUUGAAGGGCUAUUGGAUGUGGCUGCUUGUCUGUUUGAUCCUUCUUCGGCUAUGUUUCAACAAGUACGGAAGAAGUCUCAACUCCAUCCCAGGACCUUUUGUCGCCGGCUUCACGGAUCUGUGGCGUUUCAUCGAUACUAUCACUGCUACACCCCAUGAGACGCACAUCAAGUUGCACAGGCAGACAGGUUCUUCCCUUGUCCGCAUCGGUCCUCGCACAAUCUCCGUCUCUGACCCUGCAUUGAUUCCCAAGAUCUAUGGACUGAAUUCUGGUUUCACCAAAACCAAGUUCUACACUUUGCAUAUGCUUUCCUAUCAAGGUCAAUUCACACCCAGUCUAUUCACAACAUUGGACGAAGGCUACCACGCAAAGUACAAGAGACCGAUUGCAAAUGCUUACAGCAUGUCUACCUUGGUUGAAUUUGAGCCUCUUAUCGAUUCUACCAGCCAGCUCUUCAUGUCGAGGCUAGAUGAGUUUGUUAGCUCACAAAAGGUUUUUAACUUUGGACAAUGGCUUCAGAUGUAUGCUUUCGACGUGAUUGGCGAGAUUGUUUUCAGCAGGAAACUGGGCUUCUUGGAGACAAGAAGCGAUGUUGAUGGAAUUAUGGCUGACAUCCGUACCAAAGUAUUCUACGGUGGCAGUGUUGGCCAAAUUCCGACAGUCGAUAAGUUCAUCACAAAGAGUCCUCUUUUCUUGGCCUGUGUUCCUACUCAUCCUAUCGUCAACUUCACAGUGGAGAGAAUGAGGGAAAGACUUUCAGCCAAGGCUCAGGGCGUUGAUGAUAAAAAGCGAGACUUCCUGACUCGGUGCUUUGAAGCUCAGGAAAAGAAUCCAGAUCUUGUGACGGACCGGAUAAUUCGGAUGUACAAUAUUGAUAACGUGCUGGCCGGCAGCGAUACAACUGGGAUAUCUUUGAGAUCGAUAUUCUAUUACCUCAUGAAGUCGCCCCAAGCGCUCAAAAAGGUGGUAGAUGAAAUUGACAAGGCCGAGUCGGAAGGAAGUCUAAGCGAGUUUAUCACUUGGAAGGAGUCAAACAACCAGCCUUACUUACAGGCAUGCAUCAAAGAAGCAUUACGAAUGCAUCCCGCGGUCGGAUUACUCCUUGAGCGGCAUGUUCCCAAGGGUGGAGUUACACUGGGAGACCAUUUUCUUCCCGAAGGAACAAUCGUGGGUGUCAAUCCUUGGGUCGCCGCACGAAACAGACAGGUUUAUGGCGAAGAUGCCGACAACUUCAGACCCGAACGCUGGCUCGAGGCGUCUCCCGAGCAAUUAGCCGCCAUGGACCGCGCCAGUCUCACCUUCGGUCACGGGGCGCGAUCCUGCAUCGGCAAGAAUAUUUCCAUGCUUGAAAUCACGAAAUUGGUGCCCCAGCUACUUCGUCACUAUGAGGUACGUCCCAACGGCAACAUGCUCGGCGGUAAUUCUUGA